AUGGCAGCCUUGCUGAGACCAGCACACUGGCUCUUACGCUCCGGGACGACCCCGCGACUCCCUCUUUUCCUGCGUCUCCUCACUGGCGGCCCAGGCCGGAGGCACGCCGUCCCUAGUCUUCCAGCCGCUCGAGUGGGGCCAGUUACCGGAGAGUUCGUCAGUCAAGCCAGGCAAUAUGCUAUUGCUGCUGAAAAAAAGAAUUACCUGCAAGAGGAGUCAAUGUCUGCUCAUAGAAGGAGUGCCAGUCAGUUUGAUUGGGCUCUAAUGAGACUAGAUAAUUCUGUCCGAAGAACUGGUCGCAUUCCAGAAACACUUCUACAAAAAGUCUUUGAUAACACAUGCCACUCAGGUAGCCCAGGUGGUAAUCAAGCUUUGCUUCUACUGCGCAGCUGUGGUUCUCUCUUGCCUGAAGUGAAGCUCUCAGAGCGAACAGAAUUUGUUCAUAAGAUAUGGGACAAACUUCAGAAAUUGGGUACUGUGUAUGAUGUAAGUCACUACAAUGCAUUACUUAAAGUGUAUCUUCAGAAUGAAUAUAACUUUGCACCAACUGACUUCUUGGCAAAAAUGGAGGAAGCAAACAUUCAACCAAAUCGAGUGACAUACCAGAGGUUGAUUGGCGCUUAUUGUAAUGUAGGAGAUAUUGAAGGUGCCAGCAAGAUUCUUGGAUAUAUGAAAAACAAGGAUCUUCCUGUCACCGAGGCAGUGUUCAGUGCCCUUGUGACAGGGCAUGCAAGAGCUGGAGAUAUGGAGAAUGCAGAAAAUAUCCUCACAGUGAUGAAAGAGGCUGGAAUUGAGCCGGGCCCAGACACAUACCUAGCAUUGUUGAAUGCAUAUGCUGAAAAGGGUGAUAUUGAUCAUGUUAAGCAGACUUUGGAGAAGUUGGAGAAGUCUGAUCUUUACCUUAUGGACCGUGAUUUAUUGCAAAUUAUUUUUAGCUUCAGUAAAGCUGGGUAUCCUCAGUAUGUCUCAGAAAUUUUGGAAAAAAUUAAAUAUGAAAGAAGAUAUAUUCCAGAUGCAAUGAAUCUCAUUUUGCUUCUAAUCACUGAAAAAUUGGAAGAUACAGCAUUGCAAAUUUUAUUAGCAUGUCCUAUAUCAAGAGAAGACAAUAUGAGUGAUUUUGGAAGUUUCUUUUUACGGCAUUGUGUGACAAUGAAUACGCCUGUGGAGAAGCUGAAAGACUACUGUAAGAAGCUAAAGGAAAGCCAGAUGCAUUCAUCUCCUUUUCAGUUCACGCUGUAUUGUGCUUUAGUAGCCAAUAAAACUGAUUUGGCAGAAGCGCUCAUGAAGGCUCUAAAAGAAGAAGGUUUACCUGUCAGAACUCAUUAUUUCUGGCCAUUGAUAGUUGGACAUCAGAAGGAGAAAAAUGUUCAAGGUAUAAUUGAAGUUCUCAAAGCUAUGCAUGAAAUAGGAGUCAGUCCUGAUCAAGAGACAUACAUAAAUUAUGUGUUUCCAUCCUUUGAUAGUAUAAAUUCAGUACGUACUAGUUUACAGGAAAAUGGAUGUCUGGUGGAAGACAGUAUGUUUUUGCAAGCUGAAUUGAGAAGUGAAGCAUUAAAUGGGAACUUAAACUUUGUUUUAUCAUUUUUGGAAUCAAAUUCAUUGCCAUUCUCAUUUAAUUCUUUGAGAGGCAGUCUCAUUUUAGGCUUUAGAAGGAAUGUCGAUAUAAAUCUCUGGAGUAAGAUAACAGAACUGUUUUACAAGGAUGGACGCUAUUGCCAGGAGCCUCUAGGACCAAUGGAAACUGUUGGCUAUUUUCUUUAUAACUUGAUUGACAGCAUGAGUGACUCAGAGGUACAGGCCAAGGAGGAGCGUUUGAGACAAUACUUCCAUCAGCUGAAGGAGAUGAAGGUUAAAAUUCCUGAAAAUAUCUACAGAGGCCUUCGUAAUCUACUGGAUAGCUAUCAUGUUCCAGAAUUGAUUAAGGAUGUUAAUAUGUUGGUUGAAAGAGAGAAGGCAGACUCUCAAAAAACAUUGCAACUUACAUCAUGUGAUUUGGAGACUACACUUAAAAAACUGAAAGCUGAAAAUCAACCUAUAAGAGAUGUCCUAAAGCAACUCAUUUUAACACUGUGUUCUGAAGAGAACAUGCAAAAAGCCCUUGAAGUGAAAGCACAAUAUGAAUCGGACAUGGUUGUCGGUGGCUAUGCAGCUUUAAUAAAUUUGUGCUGUCGACAUGACAAUGCAGAGGAUGCAUUGAACCUGAAACAAGAAUUUGAUUGUUUAGAUUCAUCUGCUGUCCUUGACACCAGAAAGUAUGUAGACCUCGUAAAAGUAUUGGGAAAGCAUGGCAAGCUCCAAGAUGCUAUUAACAUUCUAAAGGAGAUGAAAGAGAAGGAUGUUCUUAUCAAAGAUGCAACAGUCUUGUCCUUUUUCCACAUCCUAAAUAGUGCAGCUUUAAGAGGUGAAGUUGAAACAGUAAAACAGUUGCAUGAAGCCAUCGUGACUCUAGGGUUAGCGAACCCAUCCACCACCAUAUGUUCCCCAUUGGUCACUGUAUAUCUGGAAAAGGAUGACUUAAAUGCCGCUCUUGAAGCCUCCAUUGGCUGCUAUGAAAAAUAUAAAAUACUACCAAGGAUUCAUGAUGUCUUAUGCAAACUGAUAGAGAAAGGCGAGACUGAUCACAUUCAGAAAGCAAUGGACUUUGUCAGCCAAGAACAAGGUGAAAUGACGAUGCUCUAUGAUCUGUUCUUCGCCUUCCUACAAACAGGAAAUUACAAAGAGGCCAAGAAGAUCAUUGAGACUCCAGGCAUUAGAGCUCGCCCUGCAAGACUUCAGUGGUUUUGUGAUAGGUGCAUUUCAAAUAAUCAGGUUGAAACCCUGGAAAAAUUAGUGGAACUGACACAGAAACUGUUUGAGUGUGAUAGAGACCAGCUAUACUACAAUCUGUUAAAACUAUAUAAAAUGAAUGGUGACUGGCAAAGAGCUGAUGCCGUCUGGAAUAAAAUACAGGAAGAAAAUAUCAUUCCUCGUGAGAAGACAUUAAGAUUAUUAGCGGAAAUCCUUAAGAAUAAUAAUCAGGAGGUUCCAUUUGAUGUGCCUGAGAUGUGGUAUGAGGAUGAAAAAUAUCCCCUGAAUUCUUCAUCAUCCUUACCAGUAGAAGUUAGUAUCCAGAAAAACCUGUUGAAGGCUUGCCAAAAGAAGAAAUCUAAAGAUGCAUAUAAUAUUUUCCUGAAAGCACAAAAUCAAAAUAUUGUAUUUGACAGUGAAACUUACGGCAGUCUUAUACAAUUACUGUUGUUGAAGGAUAGUUUCACACAAGCAAUGCAAGUGAAAAAUAUCGCUGAGACCCACAUCAAGGGCUUCACACUGAACGAUGCUGCCAACAGCCUCCUCCUCAUAACGCAAGUUAGGCGGGAUUAUUUGAAAGAUGGUCUGUCAACGUUAAAAACUGCCUUGGAUCUAGAUCAGUUGCCCUCUAGGGUAUCGGUGACUCGCCUGAUACAGGCGUUUGCCCUGAAGGGGGAUGUGGAAAGCAUCCACACAAUUCAGAAGAUGGUAAAUGGACUGGAGAAUUCGAUUGGACUUUCAAACAUGGUUUUCAUCAAUAACAUUGCUUUGGCACAAAUAAAGAACAAUAACAUAGAUGUGGCAGUAGAAAACCUUGAAAGUAUGCUUACUUCAGGGAAUCCAACCGUGGAACCCCAGUACUUUGGUUUAGCAUACUUAUUCAGAAGAGUCAUAGAGGAGCGAUUGGAGCCGGCAAUGGAAAAGAUAAGCAUCAUGGCAGAGAGAUUGGCCAAUCAGUUUGCAGUUUACAAACCUGUCACUGAUCUUUUCCUGCAGCUUGUGGAUUCAGGCAAGGUGGAUGAUGCCAGAGCCCUCCUACAGAGAUGUGGUGCAAUUGCUGAGCAAACCCCCAUUUUGUCGGUCUUCUGUGUCAGGACUUCUCGGACACCUGGAAAGGCACCAGCUAUGAAAUCUUUGUUAGAAUUGAUUCCUGAAUUAAUUGAAAAAGAAGAAGCAUAUACUUCCAUCAUGAAAAGCUAUGCCCUGGACAAAGAUGUCACCUCUGCUAAAGCAUUGUAUGAACGUUUGACUGCCAAGGAUGUAAAAUUGAAUGAUUUGUUUCUAAAGCGUUAUGCAGUUUUGCUGAAGAGUGCUGGAGAGCCUGUCCCAUUCACUGAGCCCCCUGAAAGCUUUGAGUUUUACAUAAAGCAGUUGAAGGAAUCAAAGGAAAGCCCUGAAAGCCCUUUGUGA